UCCUUUCUGCUCUGACAAUGGCAUGCCCAUUCGUGCGAGAUGUGGUGGAUGAAGAAGCACUUGUGCUGAGGAGAGCCUUCAGGCGAGAAAGGGUCUUCAGGGACCGGUUGGACCCACUGGCCUUCCCUGAUGACCAUCUAUAUGAAAGAUACAGGUUUUCUGCAGAUGGCAUCAGGUAUCUAUGCAGACUACUGGGUCCCAGGAUUAAGCACCGCACUGCACGGAGCCAUGCACUGAGUGUGGAGCAAAUGGUUUGUGUGGCCUUGCGCUUUUUUGCUAGUGGAGCCUUCCUGUACUCAGUGGGGGAUGCAGAACAGCUGAACAAGGCCACAAUUUGCCGCACAAUAAGGAGUGUGUGUCUGGCUAUCAAAGCAUUAGCAGAUGUCUUCAUCUCCUUCCCUGGCCACAGAAGACUCUGUGACAUCAAAGAGGAGUUCUAUAGGAUUGCAGAUGGUCUGCAAUGCUGACUGUGUGAUCAGCAAUGUUGUGGCAAAAUGGCCUGGCUCAGUCCAUGACUCCAGAAUCUUUCGGGCCUCUGAAAUCUAUCAGUGCCUAUCACAAGGUGAAUUCUCUGGUGUGUUGCUGGGAGACAGGGGGUAUGGCUGCCAGCCUUUUCUCCUGACACCUUUCACAGACCCCCAGGAAGCACAGCAGGCCUACAACCAUGCCCAUGCCAGGACCAGGGCCAGAGUUGAAAUGACCUUUGGCCUCCUGAAGGCACGCUUUCACUGCCUUCACAAAUUAAGGGUCAGCCCUGUUAGGGCAUGUGAUAUUACUGUGGCUUGUGCUGUCCUCCACAAUGUGGCCUGCCUGAGGAAGGAGAGGGCCCCCAGAGUGCCACCAGCCAUGGACUGGGACAAUCCGGCAAUCUUCCCUGAUGACGACAGUGGUCGGCUGCUGAGGGACCAAUAUGUGUUGAAUUAUUUUAGUUAGUAUGUGUGCUUUCAAUUUUGGUUAAAUAUGUCCUGCGGUGGCAGAGGAAUUUGGGUUUUUUUGGGUUCGUUUUUUGACGAAUUUGGCCUCUUAUGAUGUUUGUGCGGUAUACUGUGUGUAAUACAAGGCUGCAGGGAGGCUACUGCAUCCAUUCAUUUGUCUGUUCAGUUGAUGUGUAUGGAUUUGUCCUGCAUUUAUUUUAGUGUGCAGACAUGCAGGGUGUGUUAUAUACAGACCUUUGAAUGUGUAUGUAUCAUUUUGUAUAAUAUGCUUGGAUUCUGUGCUUUCCAUCUUGUAGAGUCACUGUGACUUCAGUUUCGAAAGGAGCUGAUGGUUUACCUGCUUUGUUUUGUCCUUAUUCAAUAAAGGAACAUAAUGUUACACAUUGUGUU